AUGAAGACCUCUGGCGUUUCGCGCUUCCUCAGCCGUCGUGACAAGCACCAUGAGAAGCGCUCGUCCAAGGCCACCCCCAGUAAAUCGCGCCUCUCCAAUCAUGCCUCUCCAGACCUUUACACCAUCUUCACCAACGAGGACGCCGAGACCGCAGCGGACAAGGAUACCGAGAAGAAGGUCAAGAUGCUCCUCACCCGCCUCCAUGGAGCCGGUAUAACGCGCAUGCGAGAGGAACAGGCCCAAUAUGCUCUUUCUUGGAGUCCCGAUGACAUCGACAAGGCUUACGAUAUUCUGGUCCUCGCGAACGAGUCGCUCGAGGGAGAGCUGAAGGACUAUGAUCCAAAUGUCCAAAUGCUGGGAGCUAUAAACAGAAAUAUGGUCACAUGUUAUCUGGAUGCCCUGCUUUUCGCCAUGUUCGCCCGCCUCGACAGCUUUGAAGCCAUGCUGUACGACAAUUUUGAAGACGAGCCACGGAUGAAGCUCGCUGCAGUCUUGCGCUUAUGGGUCAAUCUUUUGCGUACUGGUCAGCUCAUCAGAGUCGAGCUUCACCUACAAGAUUCAUUGGCCAAGUGUGGCUGGGAAGAAGCUGCUGAAAUCUGUCAGCAGGACGCAUCCGAAGCUUUCACUUUCAUCACAGGCGUGCUUGAGCUACCACUGCUCACCUUGAAGAUGGAUAUAUACCACACGGGGCGCGAAGACAAAGAGGACGACCACAGGUUUGUCAACGAGCGCCUUCUCGAAGUUGCGAUUCCAGAGCAAGACGGCGACCAUGUCAUCACACUCGAAGACUGUCUCGAGACCUACUUCAACAACCGUAUCGAGGUCAAACGUUAUCUGCAACGGCAGAACACGAUAGCUUCGAUUAAGUCAACAAACGAGUCUACUGUAGAAAGAGACCCAGAGAAGAGUGAAACUCUGCACAUCGAGACGGUUGAGCUAUUGGGGCCCGAGUCACCACUUGUAGCAACACCGACUGCAAUGGAACACACAACGCCAGCCACGCCAACUCGACCCCAGCUCGACGGAAGGCGGCGUGCGGACAGCAUUUUUAGCCAAAGGCUUGCGCAAAAGACGCCAGAAGAAAAGGCUUUUAACGAGAAGGCACACUUGCAAGAAAUGUUGGACAGCAGUUCCAAUGGUCGCCCGAGGUCUGCUUCUCUGCUUAGGAAGGAGAUUCUGAUGCCUGCAUGGCAAUUCUUCAGCUUAAUCCUCAAGCGCCCGGUUCUCGGCAUUUGUCUCAAGCGAUACACCAUGACACCAAAUGGAUCACCAAAGCGUUUGGAAACCUACAUCGACAUACCGCUGGAGAUAGGCUUGCCACAUUUCAUAUCUGACGAGCGCAUGAAAGACGAGGGCCCGCUAUUUGGCAACUUCAAGCUAGUUCUCCAAUCUGUAGUCUGCCAUCGUGGCGUGUCUGUCGACUCCGGUCACUAUGUUUCAUUAGUCCGUGCCAAUGACCACGAGAGACCAGGCACAUCUCAAUCAGGAGAAGGCGAGAUUGCGGAAAGCUGGCUGCGAUUCGACGACCUGGCCAACCCAAGAGUCGCCCAAGUAGACAUCAAACAGGCUUUGCGAGAAGAGUCUCCGUAUCUCCUUUUUUACCAGGUUCAACCCAUUGAUGAAGAGCUGGCAAUGAGAGGAGAUCCGCCAGCAUACGAACUGCAAAGCGGCCUUCCCUCGAUGGAUCCUUCUAGGGAGACUCUUGCCUCAGCCGCGGCCACCGACACGGAUGCAGGUGAAGACGGGGACACUAUUGCACCAACUGCCCCGUUCCAUGCAAGAACCGUGUCCAACUUCUCGGAAGAGCCCAUAAGUCGGAACAGCCUUUCGAGCAACCGGCGAAGCAGCACUGCCAUCGAUGACACCGAAGGAAGUGCGCGAAGCUUCUCCCGCGGCCGCACAGCACCACCAACACCCGACGAACACAAGAACAGUUUUCUUUCUAUAUCCCGCCGGGGCUCGCGCAUUUUCGGCACCAACAGAAGUCGACCAAGCAGUCCGAGCGGCGAAAAUAGACUUUCCUUCACCCUGUCGAGACUGACCGGUCGCGGCAGCAAGGACAAGCUCAUCGUCACCGAAUCAGCCACCUCGGAUGACCCCGUCAUCGUCAUUGACGAGGUAAUCAGCAACGAAAACAUUCAGAGUCCCACGAAGGAGAAGAAAGACGGAACUCUGUCGCGCAGUAAGAGCAAGAAGGAGAAGAAGGACAAGUCCAGGAGUAAAAGCAAGGAGCCCGGUGAAGCUUUAGACAAGGCGAAACACAAAGAGAAGAAUCGCCCGGAUCGCGAGUGUGCGGUUAUGUAA